UUUGGAGCGGCCACUACUUACUUGGUCAUUGUUCUGCAGUUUGAAUUCGGAAUAUCGACCGCAUCUAACGCAGCAAAUGAACUAAAGUUUAUGUUUAACAGUUUGUUCUCUUCAAAGUUUAGUUAGUGCUGAACCCCUAUACAAUGAAGUUCCGACUACAUCUCUCCAUAAUUUUAUUAUGGGGCUUAAUCACAACUAAUUGUAUGUCAAAUUACACAAAUGUAUAUAUUGAUGGAUCACCAAGUUCUCCUGAAGAAAUACAACAUGCAAUUUGCAAAAUUGCAAUCGAGGAUAUUGAAGCAAGUGCAAAUGCAACGAUAGUUAGAGAACUUAAAGGAGUCUGCACGAUAAAAGAAGUCCUGGCGCGGUUAGCCGAACUGGAGCAAAGACUUAUAGAAGAGAUAAGAAUGAUUAAAGAAUCGGAACCUAAAUUAAAAAGCUUACAAAUUCCCGUAAGUACAAACAAACCCAAACUCGCCGAAAAGUCACACGUCGGAUAUUCACGUGAUCUUGAAGCAGUUCAAAACAACCAAACUAUUCAUAUGACUGAACUGGGAAAAAGUUUCUUGCAUUUUUGGAAAGUUUACGACAUUGUCAACAUCUUAAACUAUUCUGAAUCAAGUAUCGACAGUGCUAUGUUUUAUGUGCAAGGUAAUCCAUUGAUCAUCACAAUCCAUCCGCGUCAUCUCGGAACGCAAUACUUAGCAUUGGAAUUGUCAAGCAGCAGUUGGGUGCCCGCACAUCGAUUCGUUAUAUUAAAUCAAAAUAAUCCCAAAGGUGAUUUAAGUUCCCAAAUUUUAGGUACCAAGAUACCUUUGUUUCGUAUUCAUGCUGACCGUAUUUCUACGUCAGAUUUUAUUACGGAUGGAAGCUUAAUCAUCAAAGCGAUUAUUUCAUAUUAUUAAACGUAUUACCUACUUCAGUGUAAAAUGUAUUUAUCAUAAAUUAAAAUA